AUGUAUAAUAUUAAAAUUUCUCCCAAACAGAAAUCAGAUGACAGAUCUAUAAUGAAUUAAAUAUUGAAAGAAGAAGCAUUUUUCUUGAACCAAAAGCAAGGAGAUAUUCAUUCUUUUGUUUUAGAUGAUGAUUAAGAUUAGCUUCUUAAUAAAUUAUUAAAUGUUCAUAAGAUGACAAACAUAGAUAAAGAGAAUUACACUAAGCAUAUCAGCUAUUGUGUUAGAAAUUUAGGAUAAAAAUCAAUUGAUAAAUUACCUAUGAUUAUGGAAAAAUAUGUAAUAUUGUUGUAAUAUUUUAAUUUAGAAAAAUGAAGAUGAAAGAUUUUAAAUAAUGUUUAUAGAAUAACUCAAUUUGAUAUAUGAAGCAAAUUAAUAAGCUUAGUAACCAGUCAUACAAAUUUUGAGCUUUUUCUUGUUGAAUAGCAUUUUGAAAAUCAAAGAGUUUGCAGGUUAAUAAUUAACAAAAAUUGCUCUUCAUUUAUAAGGAGAUGAAAAAGGAAAUUAACUAUUACCUAUCAUAAUAAAAAUGGCACAUGAUGACAUCAAUCAGGAUAAUAGAAUAGUGGCAUUAUAAUUGAUGGGUAAACUUUCAUCAAUGUUUGGGAUAUAAUUAAGCGAAUCUUUUAUAGCAUUUGAAGUAAUGUCUCUUGGAGAGGAUUCAAAACAAGAUGUAAGAAAAGAGGCAGUAAAUUAAUUGCCAUUGGUUGCAAAAGUAGUUGGAAAAGAUUUUUUUAAUAAGAAAUUGUUUCCAUUUUAUAUGAAAAAAUGCAAAGAAACAAAUACAAAAGUAAAGACUUCAUGUGUUGAGCAUUUUUUAUAAAUUGUAGAAUUGUCAUCUUAAAAUUAAAAAACUGUUGAUCUUACAGCCCAAAUAUUAUAAUUCUAAAAGUACUGAAUUAAUUACAUUUUUAGUGAUUCUAAUAAAUAUGUUAAGGGAGUAGCUUAUAGAUGUUUAGCUAGAUUUAUUGCAGCAAUUGACAAAGAAAAAAUUGAACCAAAACUAAUAGAAAAUUAUUUGAAAAUGGCUGAUUCUGAUAUAAGAGAAUUACUUCCUGAAUAGUAAGUAAUGUUUGCAUGUGCUUAUGGUUUUCCUGCAGUUUUAUAAACAGUUGGAGUUGCAAGAUGGUAAUAAUUGCAUAAAUUAUUUAAUCAUUUAUGGAAAUAAAAAAAUGAAAGAAUUUGUAAAACUUUGGCAGCCAGUCUUCAUGAAAUAGCUAAAAUUAUUGGAGCAGAAAGAGCUGAAAUAGAUUUAUUUCCUAUUUUAGAGACUAUAUUUGUAAAAGAACCAAAUGAUAAUGUAUUAAUGGGUUGUGUUAAGAAUUUAUCUUAAUUUUUGAAGAUAUUUUCAGAUGAAAAGAAAGAAGCAUUUUUAGAAAUAUUUUUUUUUAUUUAGAGAGAUUAAAAAAAAUGGAGAAUCAGAGAAUCUAUUGCUAAUUAAUUAGAUGAAAUGGCUCUUAUCUUUCCAGCAGAUAUUAUAUUUAAAAUGAUUAUUCCUAUUGCUUUUAGAUUAUGCACUGACAAUGUAGCAUAAGUUAGAAAAAUAGCAUCUUCUAAAAUAUAUUCAUUCUUUGAAGGAAUAAAAAAUUCAUAAUUGUAUGAAUAAUAUAAGAUCUGUAUCAUUGAAAGUAUGAUUGGUUUUUAAAAGUCAUCAGUAUUUUAUCAAAGAUAAUCGUAUAUUUUUCUAUUAUAUAUAGAUUUAUUUAAAUGUGUUCAAAAAUAAUGAAUUUAGAGGAUGACAUCUUUGAAAAACAUCUUCUAAAACCUUUAUUAGAAUUAGCAUAAGACAAAGUUUAGAGUGUCAAGUAUAUGUUAUAUAUGGCAAUAGAGAAUCAUUUAAAAAAUUAGGGUAACUAUUGAUUUAAAAUUAAAAGGAAAAUAAAAAGGAAAUCCAUAAUUAUUAGAAGUAUUUAAUACACUUUAAAAUGACAAAACUAUUAAAUCUCUAGUCAAAUAUUAACCAACUUUGGAUGUUUAAGUUAAAGAGCCAGAGCCAAAAUAAUAGGAGAAUAUAAUUGCUAAUCCAGAACCUAUCAGUUAGGAGCCUUUGUUAGAAGAAAUUGAUGAUGACGAUAUACCUUAAAGAAAAGUAUAAGAAGAACCAGAAAUUUUAAAAUAAUUGAGAUAAGAAAAAUAAGAAUUUAUCAAGAAAUAGGAGGAAAUCUAAAAGGAGUAAUUAGUUAAGGAAGAAAUAGUUGAAUUAGUUGAGUAGUUAUCUUUGAAUGAAAAUACAGAAUCAAAUGUAUAAAGUGAUUAAAAUACUGAAUGCAUCUAAGAUACUUCAUCAGAUUAUAACAUUUAAAAUAAUGAGUCUCAAGAAUUAUAAUAGUUUGAAUAAUUAUAAGGAUAAGGUGAAUAAUAAUAAAAGCAGAGUGAUGAAUUAUAAGUGAAUGAAGAAUAUGAAUAAGGAUCAUAAACUGAUUAAAAGGAGAUAAAUACUGAAGAAGAUGCUUCAUAACUUUGAG